UAUUUUUUUGUACCUGCUAACAAGUUGUUGGUUACAGUUAUGGAUGGAAUGAAGGCAACAUCUUCAGACUGAAGAAGCUUACAACAUCAAAACUCGUUGCUCUCUAUGUCAAUUUAUCAGCACCCCAGAUAGAAAGACUUAAAGUGAGAGUAAAGGGUUUUUAUGAAGAAUGUCAAUUUAUGUCAAUUUAUCAGCACCCCAGAUAGAAAGAAUUACACCAAGAAUAAUGAGUCUUUCUGAAGAAUGCAACAUAAUGACCUGCACCAAGGUCUCAGUUCCAAACCUUUUAACCUGUCAUGGCAUGCACUAGCCAAUGGUUUCCAAUUUUCUCAGAUAUUGUGAUAUCUUCAUUUUUAGUUAAAGAAGCAUUUGGUGAAUUUGUGUCUGAUUGGAGUGCAGAGAGAUUUGUUGAGAGGUAUGCAUCAAGUCCUCUGUUUAAGGAAGAUGGCUUUUUCUUCAUCAGACAUAACAAGAGGUAUGUAGCCACAGCAUUUGCCUGGCAAGACAAAUUGAAUUCAUUGGAAGGACGUCUUCAUUGGUUGGCAGUCUUGCCUGAGUAUCACAGACAGGGCUUGGGAAGGGCUCUUGCAUUGCACGUUCUUCUUUACCAUAAGGAUCAUGGGAAGGAAUCAGUGAGUCUUAUAACAGAGGUGUACAGACAUUCUGCCCUUAAGCUUUACAAAGACAUCGGAUUUGUUUGUAGUGCUGAAGAGACCUGACAAAGCCACUGGCACAAGUUGCCACUGCAUUGGCAACGUAGGUGUUAUGCUCUGCCACUGGCAUGCACAAGGGAAGGGAAGUGAGAUGCUGGUGCCUGUCUUCAAGCUGGGCUCUAGUCAGCCAUAUGGGCUAAAUUCUGACUUCCAGGUUCUCUGAGCAAAGUGCACAUUUCCAUUUUUUUUCAAUUAUGUUGAUUCAUUGCAGCAGGUACCAUUUUGCAUAAAGCGUAAUAACUUGACCAUAAGAAAGGUCAAAGCUUGUAAGCUUUGGAAACAGUGAAUUUUUAUUGACCUUCUUGUUUUAUGUAAAUAGAACAAGUUUUUUAUAUCAUAUCCUCCACUUGUUGGUUAAUUCAUUUUAUUUCUUGAAAUGUUUGUUUGU